AUGGGCACUCCAAUAGCUGAUUGCAAUGUCUCCCAUGAUAUCUUUCGAGGCCAAAAUCAUGUCAAUGCUUAUAGCGUUUUCGUCAUUGUCUUCAUUACACUCAGCUCAGCAGCAUAUGGCUACGCGGCUGCGAAUAUCGCUACGACUCUCACCCAGCCAUCCUUUCAGAAUUAUAUGGGGCUAUUAACAAACCCAAAUGCCAGUGCAAUAACAGGAACAAUCAAUGGCAUCUACCAAGCAGGCGCCGUCUUUGGAGCCUUAUUGGCAGGAUGGAUGAGCGAUAGAUUCGGCCGCAAGGUCACUGCUGCAGUGGGAAAUGCAGUUAUUCUUGUAUCUGGGGCUUUGCUGACAGGCUCCGUCAAUCCGGCCAUGUUUAUCGUCUUCCGAUUUUUCAACGGACUAGGUUCAUUCCUUAUCCAAAACAGUGUUCCAGUUUGGAUCGCCGAACUUGCACCACCUCGAAUCCGUGGUGCUGUUGCCGAUGCCCACGCUCUGCUGAUGUUGUUCGGAUAUUGUGUUGCCAGUUUUGUUGGGCUAGGGUUUUAUUUUGUUCCGGGAGAGAACCAAUGGAGGGGAAUUGUAGGCAUCCAAAUGGUUCUUCCUUCCAUUAUUCUGUGUGGGAUUUACUGGAUGCCCGAGUCGCCUCGCUAUUUGCUUUCUCGCGAUCGGACAGAGCAGGCAUGGGACAUUGUCAAGCGACUCCAUGCUACUAAAAAUGACCCGGGAAGUGACGAAUUUGCCGCGAGGGAGUAUUAUCAGAUGAGGAAGCAGAUCGAGCUGGAUUGUCGCUUUCGCACCUCGUACUGGGGGAUCUUCACGAACCCUUCACUACGCAAGCGUGCUCUCAUGACUAUCUUCUUGGAGUUUAGCAUCUAUAGUUGUGGGGUUUUGGUUAUUUUGAACUAUGGCUCCGUCGUGUGGGCAAGCCUUGGGUUCGACACCGUUCAAAUCCUUGGCUUCCAAGCCGGAUUCCAAUCAAUUGGAUUUGUCACCAAUGCUCUUUCCAUGCUAUGGGUUGAUCGUGUGCCCCGGCAUUGGUUUAUUUCUCUCGGCCUCGGGGCUUGUGCUAUUCUGAUGGCCAUAGAAGCCGGCUUACAGCGAUUCUACCUCGGGGGCACAAACCGUGGGGGGUUGAUUGCUUGCGCUACGAUAAUCAUGAUCUUUCAAGCCACUUUCUGUGCAUUCCUAGACGGGCCGACCUACUUCUACAUCACCGAGAUUUGGCCCAGCUAUGCGCGUUCGCAGGGUCUGGCUCUCGCUAUGUGCACGUUUGCGCUCACUAAUUUGAUGUGGCUGGAAGCAGCGCCGUAUGCUUUUGAGGCCAUUGGUUGGAAGUUCUACACAAUUUUCAUUAUUGUGCCUGCUAUUGCGUCGGUGGUUGUUAUGUCCGCUUAUCAUGAUACUAGACAUAAGCCCUUGGAGGAGAUUGCGGCUUUGUUUGGGGAUGCCGAUCAAGUUGUGGUUUAUCAACAGGAAUUGGACGGGAAAGGUAUCCCAUUGGAAGAGCUUGGUUCUAGCUCUGGGAAAGAAGUUGCAGGGGUUCAGCAGAUUGAGAAUGUGGCGUAA